ACUGCUUAGGGUGCCGAGAAGAUGGCGGACAUGGACGAGCUGUUCGGCAGCGAUGGAGACAGUGACAACGAACAGCAAGAGUCCGGCUCUGGGUCUGGAUCCGACUCGGAGCAGGAGAGGCCACAGUCGGCCAGUGGCGUCUCGGGCAGUGAGAGCGAGCGGGACCACGAUGACGACGAUGAUGAAGAGGAGGAGGAGGGGCAGGUUAGCGGGAAGCCCAGCAACAAGGAGCUGUUUGGGGACGACAGUGAGGACGAGCAUGGGAGCCCACACAGCGGCAGCGACAACCGCUCGGAGCACUCGGACAACCAGUCUGAGGCCAGCAUGCACUCGGAGCAGGACAACGAACACUCAGACAUGGAGCAGCACAGUGGCUCCGAGGGGCAGGAGGAGGACGACGGUGAGGGUGGGCACAGAUCCGACAUGGGCAGUCUGAGGUCAGAGGGCGGCAGCCCCCGCUCAGAAGCAGGCAGCGCCCGCUCAGAAGUCGGAAGUAUCCGCUCAGACCCUGGGACACCGCGGUCUGGUCCGGGGACCCCACACACGGACGGUGAAGGCUCGGGGAGGGAUGGUCACUCUGAAGACGAGAAGUGGGGCGACGGCGCUAAAAGCGAUCAAUCUGAUGACGACGAGGACAAACCCCAGCACUCGGGCGAGGAGAACGAGCAAUCUGACGAUGAAGGGGAGGGGAGGAGACACAAAUCAGAAUCUGCUAAAGGGAGUGACAGUGAGGAGGACUUUAUUCGACAGAAGCACAAAAAGACAGUGGCUUCAGAUUCUGACUCAGACAGUGAUGCAGGGCCAAGGAAAGAAAAGAAACCUGCUGCAGAUGACCUCUUUGGGGAGGCUGAUGACAUUUCGUCAGACAGCGAUGCUGAGAAGCCCCCUACUCCGGGGCAACCUCUGGACAAUGAAGAUGGCAUGGAGACGGAACAGCAGGAGGAGGAGCCAGUUCCUGAAACCAGGAUAGAGGUAGAGAUUCCCAAGGUCAGCACAGAUCUGGGCAGUGACCUUUACUUUGUCAAGUUGCCUAACUUCCUCAGUGUGGAGCCCAGGCCAUUUGAUCCGCAGUACUACGAGGAUGAAUUUGAAGAUGAAGAGAUGUUGGAUGAAGAGGGUAGGACAAGACUGAAACUCAAGGUUGAAAACACAAUCCGAUGGAGGAGCCGUAGGGAUGAGGAAGGCAGCGAGAUCCGCGAGAGCAACGCACGCAUUGUCAAGUGGUCUGAUGGCAGCAUGUCUCUGCACCUGGGAAACGAGGUGUUUGAUGUGUACAAGGCUCCUCUGCAGGGAGACCACAACCACCUGUUCAUCCGCCAGGGAACUGGUCUGCAGGGACAAGCUGUGUUCAAGACCAAACUCACAUUCAGGCCACACUCCACGGACAGUGCCACCCAUAGGAAAAUGACACUCUCUCUGGCGGAUCGCUGUUCCAAAACACAGAAGAUCCGCAUCCUUCCAAUGGCAGGCCGCGACCCCGAGUCUCAGCGCAAUGAGAUGAUUAAGAAAGAGGAGGAACGUCUACGUGCCUCCAUCCGCCGAGAGUCCCAGCAACGUCGUAUGCGGGAGAGACAGCAUCAGCGGGGCCUGAGUGCUGGCUACCUAGAGCCGGACCGAUAUGAGGAGGAUGAAGAGGGCGAGGAGUCCAUCAGCCUGGCAGCCAUCAAGAGCAAGUACAAGGGUGGUGGAGGACUGCGAGAAGAGCGAGCCAGAAUCUAUUCCUCAGACAGUGAUGAGGGCUCAGAUGAUGACAAGGCACAGAGGCUGAUGAAGGCCAAGAAACUGGACAGCGAUGAGGAAGGGGAGAGCUCGGGAAAGAGGAAGGCCGAGGAUGAUGAGGAAACAUCUACAAAAAAGGCUAAGAAAUAUGUGAUCAGCGAUGAAGAGGAAGAUGAGGACGAGUAAUUUUUUGUUAUAGUCCUUUGUCAAGGUGUUGCUUUAUUUUUGUCAGCAGUUAUUUUUUUAAUUGAAUAUUUCUCUGUACAGUUCAGGUAAACAAUAAACAAAGCCUU